ACGAUAUAAAACCAUGUCCUCGAUGUCAAGUGUUGAUAGUGAAAAUGGAUGAUGGUUCUUGCAACCAUAUGAUGUGUGCUGUCUGUGGGGCAGAAUUUUGUUGGCUGUGCAUGAAAGAAAUCAACGAUCUUCAUUUCCUGAGUCCGUCUGGUUGUACCUUCUGGGGUAAAAAACCGUGGUCUAGGAAGAAGAAAAUUCUGUGGCAGUUAGGAACUCUAGUCGGCGCUCCAGUUGGCAUUGCUUUGGUAGCAGGAAUAACGGUUCCGGCUAUGAUUAUAGGCAUUCCUGUAUGGGUUGGUAGGAAAUUAUAUACCAGGUACAAGUCUUCUGGUAAGCACAAAAGGAACGCAGCUAUUGUAGGAGGAGUUUUCACAUCGACAAUUGGAGUCUGA